CGUUAUGUGGCGCUGUCAUCGCUCUUGUCCCUACUGAGACACCGACAUCGCGCUGGUGUUAGAGGGGCGGACAGUUAAACCCCCACAGACAUUAUUAGUGACACAAACAGACACUGCGGAUCAACAGACCUCUGCUGCUGCUCACGGACAAAAUGUGGCUUCGAGAUGAGCUUCUGAAAUCUAUAUGGCACGCAUUCACAGCCCUGGACGUGGACCAACGUGGAAAAGUUUCCAAAUCUCAGCUGAAGGUGCUGUCUCACAGCCUGUGCACAGUGAUGAAGGUCCCUCAUGACCCUGUGGCCCUUGAACACCAUUUCAAAGAUGAUGAUAAAGGGCCUCUGUCCAACCAGGGCUACAUGCCGUACCUCAACAGGUUUAUUCUUGACAAGGUACAGGAGGAUUUUGAUGUAUUGGAGUUCAACAAGAUAUGCUGGACACUGUGUUACAAGAAAAAUAUCUGCACCAAACAUCUACUCUUCUCAGAUGACGAUGCUUUCAAAGUCUGGUGCAUUUUUAACUUUCUUUCAGAAGACAGAUACCCAUUAGUCAUCAUUACUGAAGAGAUUGAGUACUUGCUGCGAAAGCUGAUGGAGGCCAUGGGGAGCGGAUGGAGUAAGGAGAAGUUUGCAGAUUACAAGCUACAGCUGAACACAAAGAAGAACUGCCUGACUGCCUGGGAGCUGAUUGAACUGCUGGGGAUGGGUUACUUUAGCAAGGGCAUGAACCGCCAGACCCUGUCCAUGGGCAUCAACGAGGUCUUCCAGGAACUCAUACUUGAUGUGCUCAAGCAGGGAUACAUGAUGAAAAAGGGCCACAAAAGGAAGAACUGGACCGAGCGCUGGUUUGUCCUUCGACCCAACUCACUGUCAUACUACGUCUGUGAGGAUCUUGUGGAGAAGAAAGGAGACAUCAUUCUGGACCGAAACUGCUGUGUGGAGUCUCUGCCAGAUAAAGAAGGGAAGAAAUGCCUGUUUAUUAUUAAGUGCACUGAUAGAAGUUUUGAAAUCAGUGCGUCAGAUAAAAAGAAAAAGCAGGAAUGGAUUCAAGCUAUUCAAACGUGCAUCCAGCUGCUGAGGUUGGGGCUGCCGUCUCCUCACCGCGAGGCCCGGCUGAGGCGCAGGGAGCUCCGCCAGAGGCAGCAGGCGGACGACGACGACCUGGCAGAGAGGAUGAAGCAGCUCCAGACGGCCAAUGAGAACAAACAGAGACAGCUGGAGGCUAUGAGGAAGAAAAUGGAAGAGGCUGCGGCUAUAGCAGCAACAGAGGAGCACAGGAGGAAAAAGACUCAGUCAGACCUGCAGGAUCGCUACAGACUGGACCUGGAGAGAGAGAAAAUGGUGCGUCAGCAGAUGGAAGAGCAGGUGGCUCAGAAGUCCAGUGAACUGGAGCAGUACCUGCAGCGCGUCCGGGAGCUGGAAGACAUGUACCACCGGCUGGAGGAGGCCUUAGAGGACGAGAGGCAGGCCAAGCAGGAUGAGGAGGCCAUGCGCAAGCUGCAGGCCAGGCUGCUGGAGGAGGAGGCAGCAAAGAGGGCAGAGCUGGAGCAGAUCCACCUGCAGCAGCAGAGGGUGUUGUCUCAGACUGAGGCCGAGAAGCAGGAGCUGGCGGCCGAGCAGCUGGCCAAGGAGAAAGACCUGCAGGCAGCCAUGCUGCAGCUGGAUAGACUGGAGAGGGAGCGGCACGGUGCACUGGAGCAGUACGAGGAGGUGUCGAGGAAGCUUGAGCGAGCAGCAAACAAGACAAAGACUUGGAAGGACAAGGUGGCCAAGCAUGAGGGUCUGGUGCGUCUCAUCCAGCCAGGUCAUAAAGGACCUCAGCGGAUCACUAACUGGGGUCCGGCUUCAUUCACCGAUGCUGAGCUGGAGCUGAGGAAGAAGACGUGGCAGGAGAGGAAGAACCAGGGGGCUCAGGCUCAGUGAACUCUCGCCAUGAGAGGUGGAUCACGCAAUGAUGAGGAAGACUCAAACUUUUAUUAACUUUAGAGCCUAAACCGUCACAUUUGUGGUUUGAUAGCAGGAACUCACAUGACAGCCGCCAAGGAUUAACUGCCUUUUAUUGCAAAAUUAACUGCAUUUUAUUGCGUUCAUUAUAAUUUCAUGCAUUUCACGUUGGAACAAGUAGUUUGACAAAAUAAUCUUGAGUCAAGGUCUGUUUACUAAUUUUAUCCUGAAGGUUCUCGUUGUCUUUGCUCAGUUGACAUGGAGAUGGAGACGAUGGGUCAUGGCGAUGACAUCUGAACCAUCUCUGUGACAACCAAGCAAACUUCAUUCCCUCAUUGACCAUGAGGUGCAGUUGAAAGUGCUUGGAAAAAAGCACGUAAGUGGACCUUGAGUUACGAUGACUAUCAAAAAUUUUUACUUUAAUUUUUUAUUUUGUAAUUUCGAUCCUUUCUGAUUUCACAUGCGCUAUUUAAUUGAACUACUCUGCAGAUUUUUUAAAUGUUUUUGACGUAAACAUGUAAAUGUUAAUGUAGCCUUUUACUGACUUCCAGCAGUUUAUUGGCUGAAGUAAACUGCGUCUGUUACAGUCAUAGCUUAGAUGCUAAAAAAAUGAAACACCAUCUAUUAUUUAUGAAUGUGGACGGCUGUUUUCAGAGGGUCAGAGAAGAAGCUAUUGACAAAUAAAGCAACUUCCUUUCCUUUAUUAAAGGUGUAGAUCUUGCUGCCA